AACAAACGUAACCAACGUAACCAUCGUCACCAUACCUGCAUUUCAACCACCUACGCGCACACUCGAACUGCACUACCAGCUACCCACUGCCUUUCAGUCUUUUACACUGUCGCAUGGUUGAUUAAUUCAUUUGACCGCCAUUAUCUUAACGCGGCGCUUAAUCUUACAACACCUUCAACGAAUUGUCACCAAGAUAAAUACGAAGUCAGCUCGUACACAACGAAGAUGACGAGCGAACACGUCACCAAUGAUGGUGAUGCUGCGAGCACGCAGCUGAACUCUCCGACCGACGCUCAUACAGAUAAUACCGGUCACAAUCAGGAAAACGUUUCACCAUCGAAGUCGCGUCACUCCAGAAUAUUAUCUGGUACCGAGCUCACACCUCUUAAGAUUCUGAUAACUAAGGACGACAAGAGCGACACCGAGUCUCGAUCUUUUCAGAAGAAGCCCUCUCCGAUGAAGAGCCCGCGAAAAGUAGCACCAGAGAAGCGUUUUCCUGUCAAGGUCAACAGUAGUCCAUCACCGUCUCCCGGGGUCCAGACACCUCCGGUACAGGAACAAGAGAUAAGCAUUGAAGAAGCACUUCGUCGAAAUGAAGGCUUGGCAAAUGCCAUCAAGAUCUUUGAAGACGAAGAUACUAUAUUGGAAGAUGGCGAAGAUGACGAGGGUGAUGUCACGACCAUGUCCGUCAGUGACCAGCCAAUCGAAGAAGAGCCGGCAGGUCCAGACGAUACUAUGAUUAGCACAUUUAGCAACUUCUCUGCCGUACCGAACAUGACUAUGUUUGCACGGAUUGGGCACAGUCCCACCAAACUUGCUAACGUUGACGCCACUCCCACCACCACCGCAGGAAGUCGCCGAGAAGCGUCGCCUUUAAGGACUCCAAGGCCACCUGUCAUGCACGAAUGCGGCAACACGACCAAUCUGCUGGUGGACUUUACGGAGCAGAUUAAUGGAUUAUCUUCUAGACAAGUUCAGCAAACUCCUAGCAGAAACCAACCACCUGGCAGAACCCCAAGAAAUCCCGUUGCUGCGACUCCUCAACGUCAACAAUCCAACUUGCUCGACUUCGAUAUACCCCCGCUCCCUACGCCCCGCAGCAUUCCUACUAUAACACCACGGGAGCUCGAAUCUCUCAAGUCAGGCUUCCUCUCCGAGAUCAGUGGUCUCAAAGCUUCGCUUAGCGGCAAGGAGGCUGAGGUCUCGUCCCUCAAGACAGCAGUAGGUGAUGCCGAAAAGCGAGUGGGCGAGUGUAUGGAAGAACUCCGUGAGAUACGGGUUAUCAAAGAAACAUUGUCCGAGGAGAGGGAUGGCUGGGAGAAGCGCGGCCGAGAAAUGGAGGCUGUACUCCGCAAGGUCAAGGACGAAAUCGGUACGAGCCAGCGGGAGCGCGAGGAGCUCGAGUCGAAGCUGGAGGAGAGCGAGAAGCGUCGCGAGGCGGCCGAGAUGAUGGCGCAGGAAGCGGAGAGCAAGAUGGCGGGCAUGCGUGCCGGUAAAGCCACUUCGGAGUCGGGAUCCGAGUCCGGAGCCAACAGGUCGCCUGGCAAAGCUAAGAACGCCGGAUCUCGGGAGGUUGAAAUUGCGGUGGAGCGAGUCGCUCGCGAAUUACAUGCGCUCUACAAGAGCAAGCACGAGACCAAAGUUGCAGCUUUGAAGAAGAGCUACGAGAAUCGUUGGGAGAAGAAGGUUCGCGAGCUCGAAAUCAAGUUAGAGGACCUAGCCGACGAGAACGAGAAACUGAAACUCGGCCGAGACGCUACGAUGACCAGGGUCGAUCCUAACCAGAGCAUCAUAGAUGAAGAGCGCAAGGCUCAAGCCGUCAAAGAUUCAGCACAAAUCAAGGAACUGAACGCCGAGAUCGAGAAACUCGAGGCCGUCGUGAAUAGUGUCAAGGUAGACAAUCGCGAGCUCCGCCAACUCCUCGAAAAGGAGCGCGUCGAGAAGGGAGAGCUAGUCAUGCUAGCCGAAGAAAUGAUGUCAAUGCAGAGUCUUGCUACCCAGGUAGAGGAGAGGCCACCGCCUCCGGCCCGGCCGUCCAUUCCUAAGGCCCACCCGGCUCCGGGCCCCGAGAACUUCCGAAGCAGCGUCGGUAGUCGAGUUUCGGGUCUGAGGGCUCCCGGCUCGGUGAAGAAGCCGACGGAAAGCAGGAUCGGCGGGAUUGGCGGGAUUGCUCAUGAGCGAAGCAAGAAUGGCGGAUCUCACGGUGGUAUCCCCCGCCCUGGUAGUGGCAUGGGUAUGCGGAGUGGCAUCAUGAGUUCCAUCGAGAAGAUGGGCAAUUACCGAGGUCGUGGAGAGUAGGCCUAGAACGGCCCCCGACGGAUUCAGAACUAAUGACUUGGGUUUACGAAGAGCCACGAUUGGGGUGUUAUGAGUUCUGAUGCGGAUACGAUGCCAGGUUACUGUAAUGAUUAGUUAUUCCCGCUCGGAGUUCAGGUCGGGACGAAUAGUCUUUUCUGAAUUCCAAGAUCGCUCGAGUCACCUCUCGAGCUUGGCCACGUUGGCAUUAUUGCACACACGUCCUAGAUUCUAUUCUCUGUACUUUUUAUAAUACUACGAAUUUCUUUCCAGUUGA